AUGUUUGCAAAAUGCAUAAUCCUAUCGGCGAAGAUGAUGUUCGCGACAAAAGAACUGGCGGCGUCGGAUAACUGGGACGGUCCAGUGGGGUGCCACAUUCAGGACAAUGAGUUUCACUUCGGUACUAUUUAUCGGAGAGGGGGGGCACCAGGGAUAAAUAGCACAACUCAAGAACAUGCAGGACGACCAGAAGGUAGUCCUAGUAGUCCCCAAGAACUACCCUAUCGGAACACCAAACCAGUUUGCGCCGUCACAACUACGCACGAUAAAAAAAUUAUCGCGGAGAAGCUAAGCAAGGAGGGUGAAUUUUCCGAACAGGGCAUCGGCUCAGGAAGGAUAUCAAAGGCUUAUUGGAAGUUGAAUAAACCUGAUGAUAAAGGGGUGGACCCGGCGCAGCCGCCGCCUUCACCAUCGGGGGACUCUGCGUCCACAGUCGUGUUUCAGAAUAGUUCCUCGUCCAACAGUUUAGAUAAUGUUGGUACAACCGCGGCAGGAGCUGCUCACAAGGAGGAGGAGGACCUCCACCCGCACACCUACACACCUACAACUUCUGAAAGUGGUUGCUCCAUGACGGUUAUGCAGUGCAAAAGUAUCGGAGUCUCGUAUAAAUGCAUUUACAAAUUAUUUCCUCAGCAUUACAAAUCAAAUGCAAAUUAUCUGUAAUGCUGAUUUACCUUAAGAAAAAGACUUGUAAUGCAUAAAUGCAAUUGCUACGAGUUAGUGCGAUACUUUUGCAGUGCAUAAUGGUGAUUUGCAUUUCCUCAUUAAUCGGAGCACUCGUGCUGCUAAGCAUCAUUGCGGUCAUGGCCUAUUCGUGGCAGCGAGAGGCAAACGCGUAUCAAGUGCAAAUGUGUCUGGAUCUGGAACAAGAAUGUAAGGUUUGUCAUGCACAUUUUGCAUGACUCCUGAUGUCUGUGAUGCAUGCCCUAGCAUCACAGAUGUUCUUGCGCGGGCUUCCUGAUGCCUAUACCGCAUGAGAAAUGCCCUCUCGCCGUAGAAAAAACUGGACCUCUUUUGCUAGCUGGCCAUGCAAUACAGAUUUAUGCAGAAUCCAAAUCCAGCAUGACAAGUUGCAACAUCCUUCCAGACCCACCAGACAUAUUUGCAAUCCAUAACGCGGAGUUGAAGCUGAAGGCCAUGGCGAAGGAGAUGGGGUAUGACCCUGCAAUAUCAAAUGUAAAAAUGUCUGGGUCUGGAAACUUGUGAUGCUGUGUGGCGUAUCAUGAGGAGGCGGCAAUUGCUGGCUCAGCAUGACAAGUUUCUGAGCUUCUAGGUGUUGCCUAUUCUGCAUGACAAACUACGUUUCUGCAUGACAGAAAAGUGGGGCUCUUUGGUAAUGUGCAUGACAGAUUUAAGAGUCAUGCCAGACAAGCAUGACAAACUUGCAUUCUUCCAGACCCAGACAUUUUUACAUUUGAUAUGCAAAGGACUUCGGCAGUUCUAUCAGCGAUCAUUCCGCGGCGGCGCGCCGUAAUAAGCACACGCCCGGAUCCUACGAAGUGAGCAGGUCCGAAAUAUCUAGCAGAAGCAGUGCUUCAACAGCUUCACCUGCUAAACACACACACGCUACCGGGUCCUACGACGUGAGUAAGGCCAGCAGUAGUACAACUUCUGCGGCUAUCAAAUGCAAAAGUGUCUGGGUCUGGAAGAGUGUGAACUUGUCAUGCAGCUUUUCCAUGACCCUUGAGGUCUGGAAUGCGGGGCCUCGAAUGACAGAGUCUGUGAGGUCUCUUUCAUGCCUAUUCUGCAUGAGAAACUGCCUCUAAACUUGUUCUCAAGUGGGCCUCUUUUGGUAAUCAUGCAACACAGAUUUUUGCAUGAUUCGGAUUUAGCAUGACAAGUUCCACUCUUCCAGACCCAGACACUUUUGCAAUCCAUAGCGGCCCUGGCAGCGGCAGGUGCGGCCUCUACAGCGGCCAGCAACUCUACUGGAGGUACAAGAACUACCGGGGCUAAAAACUACAGUAUGAUCGGCGGAGGUGCUAGCAAAAUGGGCACCACGUCGGUGAACUCUCCUGCUACAACAAUGUCCGUCGAGCCCUCGUUUAUCGCGAAGCCCUUGGAGGACGAAGAACAACACGGCGCUGCUGCCAGUGGAGUUGUGGAUACAACUCGUAUGAGCAAAAAUCCUGCGGAAGUAGAAGAAAGUGAUGACCUCAAUGCCGGCGCAAUUUCGUCCGUACCGAUUCAGAUUCUCCCGCUUCCGCCUCGACCCGAAGGAGACAUGUCAUUUUCUUCAGCAAAUAACAAGCCCCGAAGCAUGAGACAACUAAGCCGAGCAAGCGGAAGCGAGACACGGGUCGUGAUCAUAGAGGGAAAAAACAGCAACAAAACUUCCAGCAGCGGUGAGGUUUUCGUACCGCCACCGCCAGUUCCGUCAAAGAUGAAAGGGACGAGCAGGACCAGCGGCCGCCGAUCGUCAGAUGAAAAAUCUUCAAGGGAUCAUAUUCUUCACCAAGAAACAGGAGAAGGGCAAGAAUUUUUAGACAGCGCUUCUUCUACAAAGAAACAACAAGUCGAUAGUAGGGAUGAUCUUUUACAACAGGUGGAGGAAGAAUCCGGUAUCGGCACAGAGGCGUGAGUUUUGGUUUUUCGCAUUCAAUUUGAGUUUGAGCAUCUUCUGUAACAACUCCGACGAUUGAAGACGAAGCGCUGAAAUCGCGCUAAGAUAGCUUGCAGCGCCUAGAGCGACAGAACACUUAUACGUACCC